AUGACGGUUGAUUUGACACCUUUCGAUGUUCCCGGUGCCCGGAUAUACCAUGGCAACGCCCUGCCAUGUGGCCUCCAGGUCCAAGGCGAUGCUCCCCCCGUCGCCGAGUCUGCCAAUGCCCUACGCGAGCUUGCAGAGUCUGAGAAGUUGCAGGAGCUUUUGGAUCGUCACGGUGCGGUAUUGAUCCGUGGCUUUGGACAUGCGUCGGCCAAGACUUUUUCGGAUCUUGUUUGCGCUGCCGAGGAGGCGAGGGGAUAUCAUCCAUUUGAGCAGAUUGGUUUGGCUGGAAAGAGAACUCAGGUCGCCAAGAAUAUUUGGACUGCGAAUGAGGGGUCUCCCUUGACUCGAUUCUACCAGCACAAUGAGUAUUCACGAUACACACGAUUCCCUUCCAACAUUCACUUCUACUGCGCAAAAAAGGCACCAAAGGGAGGCGCCUCCCCCAUAGCCCACAGCGCCAACGUCUACGAAAAGGUCAAGGCCGAGAUCCCAGAGCUGGUGGAAGAGGUCAACAAGCGCGGCCUAGGAAUGAAGAUGGUGUUCCGGGCACCGGGAAAGGAGAGCAAGGUCAACUCGUUCAACUGGGCGGGCAAGUUUAGCUUUGGACAGGAGCUCGCGCCGGGUGAUGAUGAGGCGACGACGAGGGCCAAGGUGGAGAAGCAGGUUCGAAGGCUGACGGAUGAUUUCAAGUGGAAUGAGGAUGGGAGUCUUGAGCUGACGCAGCAUAUCCCUGGCCUUCGAAGGUCGCCUUCGAGUGGCAGACCAGUAUGGUUCAAUGGACUUGUCGGAAGACACGGUAUUACUAGAGAUAUUGGCGCCCUGGAUCCGCCCUACAUUGGACGAGACGGCAUGACUUACCUACCCUGCGUCUACGGCGAUGACACACCAAUUCCCCGAAAGUACCUCGACAAGCUGAUCGAUGUCAUUGACAAAGAAGAGAUCCACGUUGUUCUCGAAGAAGGCGAUAUUCUCUUUGUCGACAACUUUCAGGUCUCUCACGGGAGGGAGCCCUGGGAGGGAGAUAGACAGAUCUUGGUGUCCAUGUGGGAAGGGCCAACUUCGAUUGGAGUUUACUAG